AUGAAAAAUUUGAAUAAAUGGAAAAUUUUACAGAAAAUGGUUAGAUAAAUACAAAAGCAAAAAGAAAGAGAUCAUCAUCUACAUUUGCUGUUGACUAAAUUGACCCAUUAGAGACUAAUAUAAUAAACUGAAGAAAACAAUAGAAAUUACGAGGAAAUUAUUGAAGUCUAUAAUAAAAGCGUUAUUGAGGAAGCCAAUGAGACAAUUUUGAGCGAAAAUACUUAAUCUAAACACUCAUAAUCUAUAAAGGGGUCAUCAGACUAUUACAAAAAGAAACUCUAAAAUUAAAAAUCAAUCUACAGAGAAAUUAGAAAAAAGUGUAUAGUGAUGGCUAUAAUCAAUUUAGUAGGAUUCACAAUAUGUUCAUCAUUAUGUGCUUUUAUGUACCCAUUAGAUAUUCUGGCUUUUGCAGUUUCUAUAAUCUUCAUGAUUAUUAUGAUUGGAUUAAUAUUGAAAUAUCACAAGUGA